AUGUCUUCCACCGAAUCCAUCACCACCACCACUACAAUCCCCCCUCCCAAGCCUCCCAACCAGCCCUCCCUCAAAUCCCUCCGCUCCGCCAUCCCUCCCCACUGCUUCACAUCCUCCCUCCCCCGCUCAACCCUCUACCUCGCGCGAGACCUCAUCUACACCCUCGCCCUCCUCCACCUAACAACCUACAUCCCCUCCCUCUCCUCCCCCACCCUCCGCAUCCUCUCCUGGACCGCCUACACCUUCAUCCAAGGCCUCGUCGGCACCGGCCUCUGGAUCCUCGCUCACGAAUGCGGCCACGACGCCUUCUCGCCGUACCCGCGCGUCAACGACGCUGUCGGCUGGUUCCUGCACUCUGUCCUCCUCGUGCCGUAUUUCUCGUGGAAGAUCAUCCACGGAAGACAUCAUCGCUACACGGGGCAUAUGACCCGGGACACGGCGUUUGUGCCCCUCACCGAGGAUGAAUUCAUGGAUAGGAAUGGACUCAAGGGGAUGAGUGAUUUUUAUCAUCUAGUCGAGGAGACGCCUCUGGCUAGUGCGGUGGGGUAUUUGGUGGCGCAUCAGGUUGUUGCGUGGCCGAUGUAUUUGCUUUUUUACGUUAGUGGGGGGAGGGAGAGUUUGGAUCGUUCGUCUGGUGAUGGUGAUGGUGAUGGGGUGGGGAAGGGAGAGGGAGAUGGGAAGGGUGGAGAGAAGGCGAAAUCGCAUUCGCACUUCAAUCCCUCCAGUGGGCUCUUCGCGAAGUCGCAAUGGCUGCAUGUCAUCCUUUCUGAUCUGGGGUUGAUCGCGAUGCUGUCGUUCCUGGCCUACGCGGGGACGAAGGUCGGGUGGACGAGGCUGGGAUUGUUGUAUGGGGUGCCGUAUCUGUGGGUGCAUCAUUGGCUGGUCGCAAUAACCUACCUCCACCACACCCACCCCUCGAUCCCGCACUACAGUCCCUCCAAAUGGUCCUUUGUGAACGGCGCCUUGUGCACCGUCGAUCGUCACUACGGGCUCAUUGGACAUCAUUUCUUCCAUGAGAUCAUCGACUACCAUGUUGUGCAUCACCUGUUCCCGAAGAUCCCGUUUUAUCAUGUCAAGGAGGCGACGGAGGCGGUGAUGCCACUGCUUGGGGAUCGGUAUGUGAGUAGUAAGGACGAGGGGUAUGUGAGGGGCUUCGUGAGGACUUUUGGGGAUAGUUGGUUUGUGAAGGAGAAGUUCGUCGAACAGCAAAUCUGUAGCAAAACAUACGGUCGGAAACCGGCAUUCAUUUCUUUCAAAUCCCCUCCGCUAUCAUGA